AAAACCAAACUCCAUGGAAAUGACUUCCCCCUCUCUCUCUCCUUCCACAUUUAUUGCACUUCUCUCUCUUUGGUCUUAACCAAUUCAACUAAGCUAUUAGUAUUACUAUACAUGAAACAGUAGACAGCCUUCCUAGGUAGUUGGUUUGCCCACAGAUAAAUCUCUUUGCAUCAUCCCCUUUUCAACCCAAACAAAAAAGGAAGCCAGCUUUCUAUCCCUCUUUCACAGUUCUUUACUUCUUUGUUUAUUAGUAUAUAUCUUGUCCUUUGCUUAAGUACAAACUUCAGUUAUUGAGAGAGAGAGAGAGAGAGAGAGACAGAUAAAGCUUAAACAGGAGCAAAGUAAAGCAAAAUGGGUGGCGAUGGAAAGUUGUUCACUUUGGCUCAAGUAUCUGAGCACAACACCCCCAAAGACUGCUGGCUCAUCAUCAAUGGCAAGGUUUAUGAUGUGACAAAAUUUUUGGAAGACCACCCUGGUGGUGAUGAAGUUCUAUUAUCAGCGACAGGGAAGGAUGCCACUGAUGAUUUUGAGGACGUGGGCCAUAGUGAUAGUGCCAGAGACAUGAUGGAUCAAUACUAUGUUGGAGAGAUUGAUGUCUCAACUAUCCCCAAGAAGACCACGUAUAAGCCUCCUAAGCAGCCUCACUAUAAUCAGGACAAGACAUCUGAGUUCAUCAUCAAGCUCCUUCAAUUCUUAGUUCCCCUUGCCAUCUUAGGUUUGGCCGUUGGUAUCCGCAUCUAUACCAAAUCAUCUUAAAAGUCCAGAUUGUGUUCUGAUGACAGCAAACUUGUGGUUUCAUUUAUGCUAAUCAUUGAAGACUGUUUGUCCUCUCCCUAUGUUGUUGUUACUGUUGUUGCAACUGGUAGUGUAGUGGAAUCUAUGAUUGCUAAGAUAAUUCAACACUUUACUUUUAUUGAA